UUAAAUUUUUAUACCAUCUAUAUCAAAGAAAGAGAUGGGUCAAUUUUUGAAGAGAGUUUCAUCCGUGGUUCCCAAUCUCCAUGUUAAGGAUAUUGAUGUUCCAUUGAAUACACUGUGUAAAGAAGAACAUAAACUUGAACAAGUGGCAUUGGGAAGGGAAUUCCAGAUAAGUUUAGGAAGGACAGUUCCUAUUAGAGUUCAUCAAAUUGACUCUAUUGUAACAAUGCUUCGCCAGAAACUUCAAUUUCAAAAGCGGUAUUGGAUUGAUUUUAACAAAUGGGAGGUUUUUAUCAAUGAUGAUCGAACGCGCACCUUUCUUUCACUCAAAGUCGUUACGGGAGGAUUACCCGAGAUAACUAAGCAAAUUCAGGCUGUUAACGAGGUUUACAAGUUUCACAAUCUUCCCGAGUUCUAUAAGGAUCCAAGGCCUCAUAUAUCAUUGGCUUGGGCACUAGGUGACGUUAGUGGUUCCCUUAAGAAAGUGGUCGAGCAGGAAACAAAGUCAUCCGUCUUUAGAGGUUCCUUAUAGAGUCGUAUUUGUACAAGUAAAGUUGGUGGCAUUGAGUGUAAAAUUGGUAAUAGAACACAUAUAAUAUGUAAAUCUCCCGAUCAAUGAUAGAAUCUCUUCAAACUCUCAA